AUUAUGGGAGAAGGGCAAGUGGCGUAUAUUGGCGUCGUUCUUUUUUUUCAUUGGCCCCGACUUCUUAUCGGUAAACACAAUGGUAGACUUGCUACAAGUCUACCUCUCAUAAGUUCUUAACAGUGAGCGAAGGGAGCUUCAAUGCAUGAUGUCGCGCAGCGACCGAGCGAAGAAGUCUCGUGGCAUAACCAACCAGGAAAAAAUAGAGGACUUUUAGAAAGUCUAACAAAAUUCAAAAACAGGAAUUUGGCCAUAUAUAUCCAGUCGUAUUGACUUCACGCUUGGUUAGUAAUGCAUAUUUGAAAGGAAUAAUGAUGAAAAUAAAAAUAGUCAUCACACCUUAAAACAUUCCGCUUUCGUUUUGACAGCCUGUUUCCCUUCGUCAUUCCAGCGGAAGCUGCAUGAUACCUUAUAAAGACUUGGUUUCUUCGAAAUUUGCUGCCUGAGUCAGGAGUUCCAAACGGUAAGAUGACUAAUGCAAUAAGCAGCCGUGUUUCUACACGCGGUCAAAAAAACCUUUAAUUUGUAUAAAAAUGGCAUGAUGGUUCAGUUACAUGGUAGGAAUUGAAUGAUGCGGAAAGUUUCCUUGUCGGUUAUUUAAAGCAUGAAACUGUUCAAAAGAACGUCGAACGGAGGGUUUCGCAGCAAAUGGUAAGCAAUGAUAGCCUUUUUGUGACCAUUUUUACUGUUUCGGUCCAUUAUUCGAGCUGCCGAAGUAAGCUCUGGUUUUGGAACUUUCUGGAAGCAAAAUGAAGUGAAAACACGCCUCGACCUGCGGCAAUAACGUAGAGCCAAUACCAAAGAACUAUUGCGCAAUUAGAAGUAACUUUUGACGUUAAGUCUCUCUAGAUCUUUGUAAAACGUUUCAAAAGAAACCAAAAGCCAUAAGCUUUUUAUGUUCUGAUCGUUCGUUUACCACCGAAACUUUUUAAUCUUCAUCUAGAGGCUCUACAGAUGAAGCAUGACGGACUGUUUUGCAUAGUUAUGUCCUACAAGUAUUCGGCCUUAGUGUAGUUAAAAUAUUUCUAGUGUAAAUUAAAUUCUACUAAAUUGGAAAUGGAAACUGAAUAUAAAGUAGCCUGCAGAACACGUUUUUUAGGCGAGUGAAGAUAUGCACGAGGCGAGCGCGGAACGCGAGAAAGCGCUUUACCAGCCGUGCGUGUUUUGCUCUCCACCCACGCUUUGUGUGUAAAAAAAAAAAUAGCAUACUAUUCGCGACAGUCUCUUCCACGCUCUCUGAAUAAGAGACGGAGAAAUGGAACCGCACUUGAGUGAGUUGGAAGUGGAAAGGACAGGGAAGGGAUCGAGGGAGGGAAAAGAGAAGCGCGGCCGCACAAGGUGCGAUACGUGAAAGGGAGAGACAAACAAUUCAUGAUCACGGCUGCCAGCAGCCAAAGGAUUCUUACGCGGACUGGGUAGAAAUGAGAUGCGGAACUCUUAUUUAUACUCGCGUUGCAAGGGACUGGCGCAAAUAGCAUACUAUUCGCGACAGUCCCUUCCACGCUCGCUGAAUAAGAGACGGAGAAAUGGAACCGCGCCAAGAAGUUGAACGUUAGGUACGUCCUAAAGAACCCAGACACUGCCAAAACAAACUCAAACCCAGGUCCUAAAACUCAACAAGAAAAAACCCAGCUCUCCAACACUAAAGGUGAAGGGGUGAAACAAAAGUACUCGUAAACUCAAAGUAUAGUGAAACAACUAGACUGUUGAUACUUGUUGAGAGCUAGGCAAGGAGGUAUUUCAGGGAAUACCAAAAGGACUGUGUGGUAAAACACGAAUAGGCUGCCAACAAGAGACUAUAAAGGGGACAGAGAGGGCAUCCCCCAUAUACACCCUAUUCCAUAGGUAAUUCGUCUCGAGUUACUUUUAACACAACAGAUCUCGAGGGGGAUUAGACAACAGCCAAUCACAUAGCGCGAAUGUGUUCCGCAUGGAUGACCCACGCUGAGAGCCACGCGUCCUUCACGAGAUGAAGCAGAACAAAAUGGGAGAAGACGCGGAGAGCGAUUUUGCUAUUCCUUUUGUCGACGAAAACGACUACAGCGAGAUUUCUGCGAAAGCUGUGUCAGCGAAACCGAAAUUAAAAAAGAAUCGCCCUUCCUCUCUCGUAUAGAGCAGGGAAAUCCUUAACACACUGAAUAUUCUCUCAGGAUCAUUUAUAAUUUACAGUUUGAAGAGAGCAAUUUCUGGUUUGAUGUUUAUUUUUUUCAGUCUUUAUAGCGAUUAUUCCUACCCACUUACUUUGUCAAUUGUAGGCGAACUCUCCUAAAGCUGAAUUUCAAGGGACCAUAUUCAAGCUCAAAAAGAGAAAGUUGCUUACUUACGUCCUCCAUAAAACGCGAAAUUAGGCAUUUUCACGUCGUAGUCGUGCAAAAACGGGAAAGAAAUGAACAAAAAAGUGUGUUGCACGUGCGAAGUUGUUGUUUUGCUAAUUAAACCUAUUGUUUUUUGACGUUCUAGUUGUCGUCCGCGUCGUUGGAUCUUAAACUCCCUAAAUUGUACAAACGACCGGUUUCAAUAGACCGGCGAAAUUUCUCAUUUUAUUAAGGCACUGAGGUUACGACAACUUCGAGUUAAACUGAUUUCACGGGUUGUCAAAGAGUCCAGCGAUUCCUUUUUCCCAGGUGAGCGCCGACUCAUUUCGCUUCAACAUUCAGGAAGGGCUCUCGAUCUUUUUACGCUUUCAUUGCCUCUCGCUCGACAUGUUUUGCACGGCGUUUGGUCAUGCGAAACCUCCACGAAACAUCCACGCCUCGCGCGAGGUAACUUUAUCCCGAUUCUAAAAGUAACUCGAGACGAAUUACCUAUGGAAUAGGGUGUAUAUGGGGGAUGUCCUCUCUGUCCCCUUUAUAGUCUCUUGGCUGCCAACCCUUGAGUGGCAACAAGCAAAUAAACUGGAGAUAAAGGUCCAAGGUAAAAAGGAAACCUAAGGCGCAGAGAAGACUCGAGAAAAACCCACCAAGGGAUGGCAGCCUGAGCGUCAGCAAUCCGACUAGGGCAUAAGAUACCCUUUCAGGCUACCACGGAAUCGCAUGAAGAAAAACAUAUGAAAUGACGACAGAAAAGGCGAGGAACGAAUAGCACAGAUAAACUAAAAGAAUAGAAAAACAACUAGGAACACAUGGAUGCAAAUACACUGGGACAAGGGAGUAAACCCGCAGAACAGGAGGCCGCGUGGCGAAACUCGCGUACCAGAUUACAGAAAAAUGCAACAUUAUCAUUCAAAAUCUACAGGGGCCGAGGAAAUAAGUGUAAAAUAAAACACGCCGAACAGAUUGACCAAAUAAGGCACAAAUGCAACAAAAGUGAUGAGCCAACUUUACGGGAAUCGAAGGAAGAUUAAAUUAGUGAGGGAAAGAACGUAGAACCCAAACUUAAAACCGAAUAAUACAAAGCAAAAGCGUGCAAAUUCAAGUGGAGCCGGGGAAAAAAUCAUUGCACAAACCGGAGCUUGUUGGGCAAAGCACGCAUAACAAAAGCAAAUUGAAUAAAGCAAAGAAAACCAAAGGGGGAGCCGAAGGGAAAAGCACUGCACAAACCCGAUGUUGGUGAGGCAAAACACGCAAAGCAAAAAAUUACCGAAUAAAGCAAAAUAAACACAAGCAUGCAACGAACUUGACGGGAGCCGAUGGAGUAGCACUGCACAAACCCGGUGUUUGUGAGGCAAAACACGCAAAACAAAGUUCUGACUAAAGCUAAGCGCAACAAAAGCGUGUAACUGACUUUACGGGAGCCGAAGGAAAAGUACUGCACAAACCCGAUGUUUGUGAGGCAAAGCACGCAAAACAAAAAUUACUGAAUAAAGCAAAAUUAAACACAAGCGUGCAACAUUUUUUACGGGAGCCAAGGGAAUAGCACUGCACAAAGCCGGUGUUUUUGAGGCAAAGCACGCAAAACGAAAAUUAGUAUCUGACUCUGAAUAAGUUUGGAUCAAUUUAGGUUUCUGAAAAACUGCCCACCUACCCCUCCCCCAAGCUAACAUUAACACUUACUUCUCACUUAGGGCAAAAUGAUGACUUAGGGGAGGGGUAGGUGGGCAGUUUCCCAGAAAACUAAAUUGAUCCAAACUAUAACCUCUUGUUGCUCCAUUGAAAACGGUACCCAUUUUAAGACUCUAAUGGGCUGAUCCGUUUUAAUGAGACCAAAACGGCUAAAAAAACCAUACCGUUUGUAGGACACACCUAUAUAGCUUAUAGCGUAUGUUGUCACUAAUUGCAGAGAAAAUCUUUCCCCAAAGAUUGAAUCAUCAGACGCACAUCAACUAUGGCAUCUUCAAAAGAAUAUACCGAGCAACAGCUAAACUAUUACAGAAUUUGUUACCCAACUACUGAUAUACUAGCAAAUUUGGGUUUUGGGUAUGCCCUGACAUGCUUGUGUCAGAAGUAAAUGUUUUUACUUCAUAGACCGCGCUAUCUACGUCACUGAUGAUUUUUCCCCCUCUGAACUAAUUUGCUAAUUGCAGGAUUCAUUUUCCUUAAAGGUUCCAAGCAUCGGAGGUGCAUCAAAUAUGGCCUCUUUAAACGAAUAUACCGAUGAACAGCUGAACUAUUACAGAAUUUGCUAUGUAACCACUGAUAUUCUAGCGGAGGGUCUGAGAGAGAUAUUUAAACAAGAAUGGGACAAACUGUACAAAUCAACAACAGGAGAAUGGAAAGACGAGCUUCGUAAUGGAAUGGAGUUUUAUAACGGAGAGUCUCCUCGAAAUCAAAAGAAACGCUCAUCUUUUGGCAACUAUGAAAAACGGAAACAGAGUGGAAUGGGAUUGUACAAUGCUUUUUUUACUCCAUCCUUUUCUCCGAUUGCGUCGGGACAGGUCUUAACGCACUGGUCAGAAAAAAUGUAAAUGAUCUACGAAAGUUCAGGAAUGAAGCAUUCGCUCACAUGCCACAAGGUAGUCUCUCUGAGAUAGAUUUUCAGAAUGCUAUUAGCAAAGUUGAUGUUGCGUUUCAAGCUCUUAGUCUUCCCACUGUAAAAAUUCAAAACCUAAAAUAUCACAAAACAUUUCCAACAAAAGAAGUUGAUAAUCUAAAACAAGAAGUUCAAGAAAAAGAGAGUCAGCGCCAGGUCCUUGAAGAUCAGCUCCAAAAUAAAGCACCCUCAUUCUGUGUUCUCCCUCCUAAACCUUCGCAUGAAAUCGGUGGUCGUGAAAGUGAAGUAGCAAAAAUAGUCCAACAGCUGAGGGAACUAAAUGAGUCCGGUAACAACAGGUUGAGUUAUCUUUACAUCUCAGGGAAUCCUGGAAGCGGCAAAUCACAGCUAGCUGGCCUUGUAGCUGAGAGAUUCUUUGAAGACCUCAAAGAAAUGCCAGGUGGGUCUUCAUUUGUAAUGACAUUAAAUGCUGCAAGUCCAGAUUCACUUCUGGAGUCGUAUGCCUCAUUUGCUCGCCACUUAAAGUGCCCAGACUAUUCAAUUGUGGAAACCAUCAGCUCAAAGGACUCGACUGUCGACGAAAAGAUCACUAGUCUUAAGAUGCUUGUCGCUGUAAAAAUUACCUGUUACUCGUCGUGGCUAUUGGUGGUUGACAAUGUCACUACCAUGUCAUCUGUGCAUGUCCAUUUACCACAGUUUAAUUCAAAGGCUUGGGAAAGAGGCCAUUUGCUCAUUACGACGCAGGACACAACGUCAAUUCCCUCAAAAAGCUCUUUCGUUAAUCACAUUUCAGUAAGCCAAGGUAUGGAGCCCGAUGAUGCCCGUUCAUUAUUGUCUAAGCUUUCUGGUAUCCCAAAUAGCGAGCUAUUAGGAACAGUAGCACAAAGACUGGACUAUCAACCUCUUGCUUUAGCAGGCGCUGCCGUCUUUGUUAAAGAGAUUCGGCAGGACAAAGUAUCUACGCAUUUUGGGUGGGAGGAAUACCUGAAGAUCUUAGAAAAAGGCAAAAGACAGAAAACAGAAAAUACACUUGUCGACACCAAUCCAAUUUAUCCAAAUUCAAUGACCAAAGCAAUAACGUUAGCCGUCGAAACACUGAUGAGAUCCGACAAAGUUCAAAAACACCUUUUCACUUUUCUUGCCCUCUGCGCUCCACGGCCAUUAAACGUGGACAUAGCAGUUAGUUACAUCAUGAACGCACAUGAAGAGUUUGAUGAAGCAGACAAAGAAUUAAUUCGCAUGAGAUUAAAAAGAAGCUCACUUCUGCUGUUCCAAGAUGACGAGGGUGGCUCUUUUAUUGGACUUCACCAGGUUGUGCAUGAUGCUAUAAAAACUGUAGCAAAAGAGUCGGCAGAAAGCCAAACCGAUGAGGUCGUUAGUGGGGUCAUUACAUCAUUUAGCGAAUUUAUCGUCGCAACUCCACCACAGGAUAAGCAACUAAACACCAGACACAUCGCUCCACAUUUGAAAGCUUUAAUUAUGGUAACUGACAAAGUGUUUUUGCGAGAUAAUUUCUUUCAAGUUCAUGAUAAGGAGAUUUCCGAAAAAUGCGAAAACCUUGGAGGUGUUUGUAAAAUGCACUGUGAAUUCGAAGAAGCAAAAACAUAUUUUCAAUAUUCACUCACUUUUAAGCUUCAAGAGCUCGGCCCGGAGCAUGUUGAUGUAGCAACAAGCUACAAUAACUUAGCUUUGAUUUACCAGGAUUUAGGUGACUUUGAGCAAGGCAAGGAGUAUCAGCAACGUGCUCUGGACAUUCAACUGGACAAGCUCGGCCCGGAACAUGUUAAUGUUGCAACAAGUUAUAAUAACUUAGCUUUGAUUUACAAGGAUUUAGGUGACUUUGAGCAAGCCAAGGAGUAUCAGCAACGUGCUCUGGACAUUGAACUGGACAAGCUCGGCCCGGAACAUGUUAAUGUUGCAACAAGUUAUAAUAACUUAGCUUUGAUUUACCAGGAUUUAGGUGACUUUGAGCAAGCCAAGGAGUAUCAGCAACGUGCUCUGGACAUUCAACUGGACAAGUUCGGCCCGGAACAUGUUAAUGUUGCAAAAAACUACAAUAACUUAGCUUCGAUUUACAAGGAUUUAGGUGACCUUGAGCAAGUCAAGGAGUAUCAGCAACGUGCUCUGGACAUUGAACUGGACAAGCUCGGCCCGGAACAUGUUAAUGUUGCAUCAAGUUAUAAUAACUUAGCUUUGAUUUACAAGUAUUUAGGUGACUUUGAGCAAGCCAAGGAGUAUCAGCAACGUGCUCUGGACAUUGAACUGGACAAGCUCGGCCCGGAACAUGUUAAUGUUGCAAGAAACUACAAUAACUUAGCUUUGAUUUACAAGGAUUUAGGUGACUUUGAGCAAGCCAAGGAGUAUCAGCAACGUGCUCUGGACAUUGAACUGGACAAGCUUGGCCCGGAACAUGUUAAUGUUGCAAGAAACUACAAUAACUUAGCUUCGAUUUACCAGGAUUUAGGUGACUUUGAGCAAGCCAAGGAGUAUCAGCAACGUGCUCUGGACAUUAAACUGGACAAGCUCGGCCCGGAACAUGUUAAUGUUGCAAGAAACUACAAUAACUUAGCUUUGAUUUACAAGGAUUUAGGUGACUUUGAGCAAGCCAAGGAGUAUCAGCAACGUGCUCUGGACAUUCAACUGGACAAGCUCGGCCCGGAACAUGUUAAUGUUGCAACAAGUUAUAAUAACUUAGCUUCGAUUUACCAUGAUUUAGGUGACUUUGAGCAAGCCAAGGAGUAUCAGCAACGUGCUCUGGACAUUGAACUGGACAAGGUCGGCCCGGAACAUGUUAAUGUUGCAUCAAGUUAUAAUAACUUAGCUUCGAUUUACCAUGAUUUAGGUGACUUUGAGCAAGCCAAGGAGUAUCAGCAACGUGCUCUGGACAUUGAACUGGAGAAGCUCGGCCCGGAACAUGUUAAUGUUGCAAGAAACUACAAUAACUUAGCUUCGAUUUACCAGGAUUUAGGUGACUUUGAGCAAGCCAAGGAGUAUCAGCAACGUGCUCUGGACAUUAAACUGGACAAGCUCGGCCCGGAACAUGUUAAUGUUGCAAGAAACUACAAUAACUUAGCUUCGAUUUACCAGGAUUUAGGUGACUUUGAGCAAGCCAAGGAGUAUCAGCAACGUGCUCUGGACAUUCAACUGGACAAGCUCGGCCCGGAGCAUGUUGAUGUUGCAACAAGUUAUAAUAAUUUAGCUUUGAUUUACAAGGAUUUAGGUGACUUUGAGCAAGCCAAGGAGUAUCAGCAACGUGCUCUGGACAUUCAACUGGACAAGCUCGGCCCGGAGCAUGUUGAUGUUGCAACAAGUUAUAAUAAUUUAGCUUUGAUUUACAAGGAUUUAGGUGACUUUGAGCAAGCCAAGGAGUAUCAGCAACGUGCUCUGGCCAUUAGAGCAGACAAGCACUGGCUCAACAAAUCACCAAAUAAGGUACACGAAGGACUGCUAACGGACGCAAAAAACUUAUUUAUGGAAAUUAUAUUUCUUCUAGAUAGAUUUUACGCAGUCUUUGAGGCUUAUCGCGUUGGUGUUGUGUUAAAUUUAAAAGGCUGAAGUUUUCUUUUUUUUUUUUUCACAGCAGCAUAAGAUGCGUCUUAAACCGCGAGGAUCGAUAUCGUCUUUGCAUUUUUUCUUUUGCAGUUCCAAUAUAUGAAAUUCUUAUAGUCUUUAUAAAUGAUUUUAAUUUGAUAAACUCCAUAACGUUUUACUUAUAUUAAUCAAGGAAUCGAUGUCUUGGACGUUGGUAAGACAUCUCUUAAUUUAGGUUUGACUGUAACAGUUUCUGUUUACACUCUAUUUCUGCUUUCCGUAUCUUCAAGUUUCUUCUAAUGAAAAAAACCUGUUAGUCCUUGCAGAUUACUCAUGAAGCUGAAAGGCAUUUUUCACAAUCCAAGAAAGAAGAUGAUGACGAUGAGGAUGAUGAUAAAGGCAGUAGUAGGAACGGUAAAGCACAAAUCAUUGUUAAGUUACAAAUGUCUCCUCCUGCUAAAUUUUAACGGUUUUAAUCAAGGGCGCAUUUCUUUUAGAAAUAAUCCGAUAACUAAAGGUUUAAUCGUUGCACAAUCUUACAGUCUUUGGACUUGACGCGACAAAGGGAACGUGAGUAAAAACCUAGAGACGGAUUCUUCAGCGUUCCAAAAAUAUUUGUGUGAAACGCCUGCAAUAACGUAGAAUGCUCGACAGGUGUAAUUUUUUUGGACCCAUGGCCAAACAAACUCAUUAAUUGUGAAUGUAUAAAUGCGGAUUUAGAUAUAAUCUAUCACCAAUCUAUUGGGAGUGUGUUUUUAGUUUUAGUAAAGAAAGGCAAAAUCCGCGUUUGGAUGAUUGUCUCAGAGAAAAGUGGUGUAGGUCAAAAGUCAGCUACAUCCAAAAAGAAAUUUUCAGGCAAACACAAUUUCCGAUUUGGGGCUGCAUAUCAGUCGGACAAACUACAAAUGGAGCUUAACACCGCGAUUUAUUAAAGCCAUUUUCAAUUUUGCUAACCUCAAGAUCCAAACAUUGUUUGCCUCUCAUGGUGUCAAGGAGGCUUUCAGCCCAGGCAAACCCAGUACCCAGUUCCCCGAGGCACUGAAUUUCACCUUGGGAAAAACGGUCACACAAAAAGCCGCUUCCCCGUGGGCAACAGCCAUUUGCCGGUGGAUAAAAUGGGUAAUUUGGCCGCACCUAUUUUAGGUCGCUUAAAAAGUAUAUGUUAUGGUCAACGUUUGACUUUUCUCGUAUCUUGUGCAUUAUAAGCUUUACUACUCUUUUCUUUCACAGACAAAAGAGCUAAGAGAGACAAACACAAUGCUGGACAAAUGGCUAAGAAAGGUUCAGGUGCUGAUAGUGAUGUGUCAUCUGAGGGAGAUGGUUACCUGGAUUCACAGGAAGAGGAUCACAUAUCCGACAGCUUUGCAUCUAUGGAUGGUGAGAUAUUUUGAUCCUUUGAUCCCCAAUAUCUGUCUUUGUCUGCUGCUGUUGCUGUGAUCUAGCCUGUUUUUAGCCACCCCUCCCCUCAAACAAAACAGAGCUAAAGCAAAGACCUUUUUGAGAAACGCACGUCAACUGGAAGUAAGGCCUUUAAUAUGUCUUGAUGCUUAUAACAAAUUUGUAUUGCUAAAUUUCUUUACUCUGAUAGAGACAAUCUGCCCGAAAAUUUGGGCACAACCACUUCCCAUGAACGGCAAAAAGUUCACUUCCGGUUGAUGUCCGUCGCUCAAAAACGCCUUUGCUUAAGCUCCCUAAUUUGUUUAAAGGGAGUGGUUAGCUAUACACAGGCUACUGUGCCUCAGUUGCAUCACCUUGUCUGUCGUUUUUUUCUACUUCUACUGUGGUUCUUCAGUUCUCUUUUUGCCUUCUCUUCUUUUCUUCCCGUUGGCUUUUUUAUCCUUGCGUCACCAACAUAUGUAAUGCAUCAGUCAAUUCCACCUGCGCCUUGCCUCCCCCCACCCCAGGGCUACUGCGGGCCCUUUGCCCGCCUUGUCAGUACCGAGGGUGGGGCAAUUGCAAAUUUUACACUGCCCGGGGGGUCGGGCAUUUGCUAACACCAGGGCAAUUCGCGAGCUUUUCACACCCACGCGGUUUCCUAUCAGAAUAUAACUACACAGAGGGUUUUACUGGAAAAAACGCAGAUAGAGAUUGGCUCAUCUGUCAAGGACAGGAAUAAAUUGAAGAGGGUUGUAAAGGCAUGUUCUCGAUUUUAUUCAUGCAUUUCUUCAUUGCUUAUCAAAAUUACUUAGCGAAACUGGAGCUAUCGAUGUGAAUCAACGUUUUUUGGUAAUUGGAUCAAAUUGCUGUCAAUAUUUUUUGAAGAACAUCCUUUCAUAUUUAUAAAAAUAUUCAAAACAUAUAAGUUUACAGCGCUCUAUUAAUUUUAAUGUCAAUAAUUUUAUAUCAAUACUAAAACCAUAAACUGGUGCAUGUCGUCGUCAGAAUCGUUAAAAUCCUAGCGCGUCGUUAGAAUCCUAGCACUAUUACAAAGGAAGACCUUAACUGAAACAAAAAAAUCGAAAAUAAAAAUGCUUAAAAUGGCGCUAUUCGACUGUGCGAUCAAUGAAAAAUGUUGCAGCGUCGACGGAGGACGGGGCAUUUGCCGUCUUUUUUUCGUCCCCACCCCGGGGGAUUUGACAGCUCAAGAGUCCCCACCCCCGGGAAUUUUCCAUCCAGGGCAAGAAAAAUGCCAAUGCCCCGGGGUCAGCCCGGGGGGGGGGGGGCGGGGCUGGGCGCAGGUGGAAUUGACUGAUGCAUAACAGCUUAAGUUAUAUUAGCCAAACGAGAAGCGGGAAACAUUAAAGUUAAGUAACAUCUGCUAUAAAGGAUACUACCUUAUAAUGGGCCCUUAAUCAUUUACUGCAGCUGCUCCAAAGAUAUGGAACGUCUUACCGGACUACAUUAGGAAAGGGAAGAAUUUCGAUAUGUUUUUUUGCUAUUUAUAGAAGCGUACAGCGACUUGGUUGAGUUAUCAGAGGUUCUUUUACUUUCAACUUUCAUUUCUUUUUUUUCUUUAUCUUUUGCUCGUUUUUAGUAAUGCUAAAUUAUUGAUGUAGCAAUUGAAAGUGUCAAUAAUUUCAGUUAUUAGAACCGGUAGUAUAAUAUAGGCUUUGUAAGUCUCAUUCUUGUGUAUGCACAUUUGUUCAAAUCACUAUGUUAAAAUGCGCUGUAAAAGUGUUAAAUAUUAUUACUAUUAUUAUUAUCAUUAUUAUUAUUAUUAUUACUUGUGUAAUGUGAUCUCGGAUUGUUCACUGAAAUAUGUGCACUAUAUGGGAGUAUGUCACUGCUUUCUUUGCGAGGUUACAAUUCACCACAGUACCCCUUUGAUGCUCUGAUCAUCAUCAUCAUCAUCAUCAUCAUCAUCAUCAUCAGUAUUACCACAAUCAUUUGAUAAGGAUCACGGUAAUACUAAGGUUAUGAGCCAAAAUGUACGUUUCUGAGUAAAACCUCAAUUUUCUAAAUUGGGUCACUUGACAUUGACCGUGCCCUGGUGACGUCACAGCCAGAUUUGGCAUCAAACUGUCCAAAUUUGGUCACAUAUAAGUGCGCGCAUUUUGUAAAAUUACAGAUUAAACACUUUUCCCUAGCGCCUGCUUCAAAAUUAAAGACACAAUAAUAAACUCCCUUAGACCAAUAUUAUAAAGACAAUUAUGAUCUCUUGCUUAAACCUAUUCUCUUUCUUUUCUUUCUUUAAAUCCUUAAAGUUGAAAAUAUAAAUAAGGCAAGUGCUUCGCGCAAUGAGAUACAAGGGCAACAAAUGUUGGGUAGUUUUGGCUUCUAUAUGAUGCCUUUCUUGUUUUCUUGUUAAGGUGCAAAGGAGAGAAAGAAGAAGUCGGGAAGUGGCUGUCGACUUUGUAGAUGUCAAUAAUAAAUAUUCACAUUCAUUUUUGUAAUUAGUAAAAUUAGAGUUUUGGUAACUUUUUACUGAAUGAAUUUUUGCUCAAGAGUCCUCUCUUGGAGAAGAGCAGAAGGCCAUCAAAGGAAAUCUUUAUCUUUCGCUGAGAUAACAGAGAGCUACAGAGCUUAGAUCUGCAUGCAUAUCAUUUCUGGAUUCAAAGAUAACCAAGCAAAGACUUGCUUUCUAUCAUUUAGUAAGAAUAUUUUUAAGGUAGCACAUGCAAAAUUCACUUUCUAGUAAUUACCGGGAAAUGAUAAACAAGCAGAAAAAGGAUUUCCCUUCCACGUUGACAUUGCUGGAUACGUCAAAUUGUCAAACCUUUCCUAUGAAUUGCCAAACUAGAUAUUUAACAGCACGUAAAUGAUGGAAAAGGAUAAUGUUUCAAUGUAAAUAAUGCAUGGGUUGAUUUAGGGGGUGGUCUGAGGAGAUCGCGCCCUCCUUUUUUUCUGUGAAAUUUGCAAUUUUUGCUUGAAGAAUUCUUAAUAAUAUAUAGCUUGCAAGUGUCCAGCAGAUCCCCCCCCACUUUCUAAAUUUUCUAGACCCCCUCCCCCCCCUGUUUAAAUGUUCUUAAGAUUUCAGUUUUUGUUAGUAUGUUGUUGAAGUGGUUCAUGUAAAACUCUAUUUGCUCAAUAGAUUUAUCAGUAAUUUCUUAUUGUAAAUUUAAGACCACACCAUUUUCAACAUGAGGUCUUACAGGUCCGCAAGAGACUGCCCACUUUAAUGUUGGGAAAAAUUUUCUAGGUUGUUAUGAAGAUUUUUGUCAUGUGGUAUUUACUUAGCUGAUUUUAUGUUUGCACUUGAAAAUUCACUCGUGCUUAGCAAGAGUCUCGUUAUAAUUAGGUUUGUAUAUCAAGGUUAAUCCGUAAUUGUAU